CCUCUUUCCACAUUGCCAACCAACCAGUAUCGUGAAAUAGUCCUCCUUCCAAUUUCCAAAUUUGUAAGAAAAUAAUAGAAAAUAAACGGAAAAUCGAAAAACGUCAACCACCAUAUAAUAUAAUAAUAAAUAGUUAAUAAACACAUAUAAAAUUUGUAAUAUUGGUCUUGUAUGGAAUAAAAACCACAACAUUAAUACUAAUUUUGUACGGAACCAAAAUCCCAAACGUAACUCUUUAUGGAACCAAAAUUGCAAAGAUGUAUUAACUAUUAAUCGUGCAUCAGUCAGAGGUGCUCAAGUCCACCUCCUCGGUGGCCAGCGCUCCAGCACCACCACAAUCUCUACUCUACUGCCAAACGAACACACAACUAAGAGUGGUGUUGUUGGUUUGUAGAGUGGUGUAUACUGAAGAGCGUUUCCAAGUUGUGAAAAGAUGGAAACGUCUUGCAUUUUCUCAACAUUAAAGUCCCCGGGCAACUACGGCCUUCCAAUUAGUCGAGUGUUGUUAAGUUCCACAUUUUCAGAUCGAAUUUGGGCGAGUUCAAAUAGCCGAGGCAACAGCAGCCGAAUGAGAAGAAGCCGCCAAAAGAAUAUAGAACAAAGUGUUGGGUACAAUAAGUAUACCGCCGUUAUAUCAAAAGAAACUAAACAACAACAACAGGAGCAGGAGCAAGUAUUUUGUGAUGAGAAAAAGAUGUAUCAAAAUGGGGACCCUUUGGGACGAAAGGAUUUAGGGAAAACUGUGGUGAAGUGGGUAUCCCAAGGAAUGAAAGCCAUGGCAUUGGAUUUUGCAGCAGCAGAAGCACAGGGAGAAUUUAGUGAGUUGAAAGAGAGAAUGGGUCCCGGCCUCACAUUUGUGAUUCAAGCUCAGCCUUACUUGAGUGCUGUUCCCAUGCCUUCAGGAGUGGAGGCUAUCUGCCUCAAGACCUGCACUCAUUAUCCCACACUCUUCGACCACUUUCAGAGGGAGCUUAGAGACGUUUUGCAGGACCUCGAAAACAAAGGGCUUAUUUGCGACUGGCGUGAAACUCAGUCGUGGAAGCUGCUCAAACAACUGGCUAAUUCAACUCAGCAUAGAGCUAUUGCGAGGAAGACUUGCGUAUCCAAGUCAGACUACGGUGUCUUAGGACUGAAGCUGGAGAAAGCCAAAGCCAUUCAGACCAGAAUUGACGACUUCACCAAGAAAAUGUCCGAUCUUCUUCGCAUAGAAAGAGAUGCUGAGUUGGAGUUCACUCAGGAAGAGCUGAAUGCUGUUCCAAUGCCUGACGAGCACUCCAGCUCGCCAAAACCCACCGAGUUCUUGGUCAGCCAUGCCCAGGCAGAACAAGAGCUUUGUGAUACCAUUUGCAAUCUUAACGCCAUCAGCACAUCCACAGGCAUAUUCUCUUCUUCGAAUUCCUACCUCUUUUUGCGAUUAGGGGGGAUGCAUCUGGUCUUGUUUAGGGCUGAGGGGAAGCAUAGGUUGCCACCUAUUAACCUUUCUCCUGGGGACAUGGUUUGUGUGAGAAUAUGUGAUAGCAGGGGUGCUGGGGCAACUUCUUGCAUGCAAGGUUUUGUUAAUAAUUUGGGUGAUGAUGGCUGUAGUAUUACUGUUGCUCUCGAGUCCCGUCGUGGGGAUUCUACAUUUUCAAAGCUUUUUGGGAAGAAUAUACGCAUAGAUCGUAUCCAAGGAUUGGCUGAUGCACUCACGUAUGAGCGUAAUUGUGAAGCUUUAAUGAUGCUUCAGAAGAAAGGCUUGCAGAAAAACAAUCCUUCGAUAGCAGUGGUGACCACGAUUUUCGGAGACAAUGAGGAUAUUUCGUGGUUGGAGGACAAUAACAUGGUAGAUUGGACAGAGUCUCAACUGAAUGGUUUGACGGACACCAAAUCUUACGACAUUUCCCAACAAAGAGCAAUUGCAUUAGGUUUAAACAAGAAACGUCCGGUUUUGAUAAUCGAAGGCCCACCUGGAACUGGAAAAACAGGUGUGCUCAAGCAGUUAAUCUCAACUGCUGUUAAACAUGGUGAAAGGGUACUUGUCACAGCACCUACUAAUGCAGCUGUGGAUAACAUGGUCGAGAAAUUAUCCGACAUUAAUGCUAAUAUUGUGAGGGUCGGUAAUCCCGCACGCAUAUCGCCUGCAGUAGCAUCCAAGUCACUUGCCGAGAUUGUGAAAAACAGUCUUUCGGAUUUUAAGUUAGAAUUCGAGAGGAAGAAAUCGGAUCUGAGGAAGGACUUGAGCCUUUGCUUGAGAGACGACUCUUUGGCUUCCGGCAUUCGUCAGCUUUUGAAACAGUUGGGAAAGACGAUGAAGAAAAAGGAGAGGGAAGUUGUGAGAGAUACUCUUUUGAGUGCAAAUGUCGUGCUCGCCACUAAUAUUGGUGCAGCUGAUCCAUUGAUCAGAUGGCUUAAACCGUUUGACUUGGUCGUGAUAGACGAAGCUGGUCAAGCUAUUGAACCCUCUUGCUGGAUACCAAUACUGCUCGGGAAACGUUGUGUGCUUGCUGGAGACCAGUGCCAGCUGGCGCCAGUUAUUCUGUCGAGGAAUGCAUUGGAAGGUGGGUUAGCGGUGUCGUUGAUGGAAAGAGUGUCGGAUUUGCACAAAGGGGUUUUCGCCACAAAAUUGACGAAACAGUACAGGAUGAAUGAUGCAAUUGCCAGCUGGGCGUCGAAAGAGAUGUAUAAUGGCUUGCUGCAGUCUUCUGCAAGUGUCGCGUCUCAUCUGCUAUCCGAUUCUCCAUGGAUCAUGUCAACAUGGAUCACACAAUGUCCAUUGCUGUUGCUCGACACAAGAAUGCCGUAUGGAAGUUUGUCCAUUGGUUGUGAGGAACAACUAGAUCCAGCUGGCACUGGCUCCUUCUACAAUGAAGGUGAAGCAGAUAUCGUGGUACAACAUGUUUUCGCCUUGAUUUAUGCUGGUGUUCGCCCAGCAACGAUUGUUGUGCAAUCGCCGUAUGUUGCUCAAGUGCAACUGUUAAGGGACAGGCUCGAAGAGUCUCCUCUUUCCACAGGUGUCGAAGUUGCAACUAUCGAUAGCUUUCAAGGGCGCGAAGCAGAUGCUGUUAUUAUAUCAAUGGUUCGGUCAAACAACUUGGGAGCAGUUGGGUUUUUAGGAGAUAGCAGACGGAUGAAUGUAGCAAUUACUAGAGCACGUAAACACGUGGCAAUUGUUUGUGAUAGCUCGACAAUAUGCCACAACACGUUUUUGGCAAGGUUGUUGCGGCAUAUAAGAUAUUUCGGUCGUGUGAAGCAUGUCGAGCCAGGUGGCUCUGGAGGAUAUGGCCUUAGCAUGAAUCCGAUGCUACCCUCAAUUAGUUAAAAAUCAACGAAGAAAUGACAAGUCUGUAAAUUCAUUUGAGUUUGUAAAUAAUUGCAAUUAACACCAUUCCUCAUACUAUGCUAUAUUUGCAUCUACCUAUACAAGUAAGAUAUUAGUAUUGUUUGACAUCAAAUUUUGUCUACGCCUAUUAAAAUAUUAC